AUGGAGGAGCCAUGGAUCAGGACUCUACAGCGCCUCUUUUAUCCCAUCAUGUCGGUAUUUGGGCUCCCAGCCAGUAUUGUGACUAUGGUCGUCCUCUGGAAGGGAAACCUGGACAUGUCAAAGUCAAUAAUUUACUACUUGGUAUCACUGGCUGUGGCAAAUUUUCUCCUGAUUCUUGUGGUUACAGUCUUCCGAGACAUUUUCUACUUCUAUGUGGACAUCACACUCUGGUGGCCAGAGCCAUCCUGCGGUUUCAGUAAUUGGAUCUAUUUCACUUGUGUCUACUCGCUCACAUGGCUCACAGUGGCCUUCACCUUUGAUCGUUAUGUGAUUGUAUGUUGCAUGAAACUGAAGCUGAAGUACUGCAAGCCCUCUGUCACCCGAUGGGUCAUCAUCAGUGUCUAUGUGGGUGCCUUCGUUGUGGCUAUGCCAACUUUUUGGAUGUAUGUGCCUGUCCGCACUACCCAGCCUGAUGGGACGAUCUUCCACAUCUGUUCACUCCAUCGUAAUCUCAGCAUGAUUCCUUUCCUGUCCACAUAUGACCACAUUCAGACCACUGUAUGGAUUGUUUUUCCACUGGUGUCACUGGUUCUAACCAAUGGGCUGACAGUUUGGCACAUCACAGUAACCACAAAGCGGAGGCAAGGCUUGAAGGGGGGAUCUGAAGGAAAGGAUGUAAUUGACCCUGAAAUUGCUCGGAGAAAAAAGUCUGUAAACCUUCUUGCUAUAAUAUCAAUCUCAUUCCUGGUGCACUGGUUGCCCAAAAUGAUUAUUAAGGUACUAGAGAGGUUUACUUACCCACCUGUAAACCGAUAUGACUUCUACCACCCUAUUAACGUGGUGAGGAUGCUCUGCAAUAUGCUGAUUGUCCUCAGUUCAUUCAGUAACAUGUGCAUUUACUCACUCACUGUUACAAAGUUCAGAGAAGAGUUAGUUCGAGGAGCCAAAUCUACAUACUUGUUGGUGUGCAGAAAUCCAGACGUAGUAGCAUUAUCUUCCAAACCCACAAAGAUAUUCACUAUCUAA